ACGGGAGCGCGCUUUUGCCUGGACUCACUCAAGAUGGCAACUGGAGCAGAUCACGGCUUGAAAAAAAUAGUAUGGCAAAGAAUCAAGGACACCAUCAUUGCAGACUGCAAAAAGUGGAACAUCCUCAUACUGGAUGAUUUCACCACGCGCCUCCUGUCCUCCUGCUGCAAGAUGUCCGAUCUCAUGUCCGAAGGCAUCACAAUUUUGGAGAACCUGUUCAAAAACAGAGAGCCGGUUCCAGAUAUGAAGGCCAUCUACUUCAUGGCUCCCACUGUUGAGUGUAUUGAUGCAUUUAUUAAUGACUUCAAACCCAAGCCCAAAUACAAAGCUGCGUAUGUCUUCUUCACAGACUACUGUCCUGAUGAGCUCUUCGACAAGAUGAAGAAGAACUGCGCCAAGCACAUUAAAAAGUGUAAAGAGAUCAACAUAUCCUUUCUGCCACAGGAAGCACAAGUGUUCACCUGCGAGAACCCAGAGGCCUUUAGGAAGAUCUACAGUGAGGUCAGUCAGGACAGAGAGAAGAUGCUGGAGAAAAUUGCAGAUCAGAUCGUAACUCUCUGUGCUACACUGGACGAGUAUCCUGGAGUCCGAUACAAGAGAGAAUCGACUCCUGGAUAUGGAAAGAUGUUGGCCGAACUUGUUGAUAAUAAACUGGCACGGCAUUAUGAGUUGGAUGAAAUUACGACAAAAAAGGAAAAAACACCGGCGCAGCUGCUGAUUGUUGACCGUGCACUGGACCCUGUUAGUCCCAUUCUUCACGAGCUCACUUACCAAGCCAUGGCUUACGACCUCAUACCUAUAAAUGACAACACCUAUCAGUAUAAAAUGAAGGAUGGCUCCAAGAAAGAAGCUUUACUAAACGAAGAGGAUGAAUUAUGGGUCAAGCUGCGGCACAUGCACAUUGCUGAGGUCACUGAGCAAAUCCCCAAACUGGUGAAGGACAUCUCUGCCAGCAGAGGCGAGAAACAACAGGGUGAUGGGAAGAUCACAAUCGGAGCCCUUUCACAGCUCAUGAAGAAGAUGCCAGCCUUUCGCAAGCAAGUGACACAGAAAACUGUGCACUUACAUUUAGCCGAGGACCUGAUGGGCCAUUUCCAGAAGAAUGUGGAGAAACUCUGCAAAGCGGAGCAGGAUCUGGCUGUAGGUGCAGACGCUGAGGGACAGAAGGUUAAAGACCCCAUGCGGACGCUGCUCCCUGUGCUUUUACACCAGCACGACACCACCGACAAGAUCCGCGCCGUCCUGCUCUACAUCUUCAGCCUCAAUGGUACGACAGCAGAGAAUCUGAAUAAACUGAUUCAGAAUGUGAAAAUCGAGGAUAAGGACGGCUACAUCCAGAACUGGAACCAGCUGGGAGUCCCCAUUCUCUCUUCGUCAAACUAUUCUCGUAAAGUAGCUCGGAGAGACCGCUCGGAACAGGAGACGUAUAAUGUCUCUCGCUGGACCCCCGUCAUUAAAGACAUAAUGGAGGACGCAGUGGAGAAUAAACUGGAUGUCAAAGACUGGCCGUAUCAGUCUGAAUGUCCGUCUGCAUGGAACGGCUCUCGGGCUGUAAGUGCGCGGCAGAAACACAAGGGCAGUUCUCCAGCGGACAUGAAGAGCGGCUCACGCCUCAUCAUCUUCUUUCUGGGUGGCGUCAGUUACUCUGAGAUGCGCUGCGCUUAUGAAGUCACCAACGCUAAUAAAUCCUGUGAGGUCAUCAUCGGCUCGACACACAUCCUCACUCCUCGCAGUCUCCUGGAGGACAUUUAUAACCUGGGGAAAAAACCCAUGGAGACUUUUACCAUCGAGGAGGGCAGAGUCUGAGCUCGUCCCGCUGCAAUCCAUCAUCUAGGACCGAAGGGAACAGAUCCGCAUUCACACCACACUAUUCAUUCAUUCAUUGUAUUAAACAAACACAGUGAUCCACAGUCUUAAGGGAUUACAUGCCUAAAUAUGCUGCGUUCAGGUUAUAUACAGGAUAUUAAGUGUUACACGACUAAUUCCACUAAAGCGUGUUGAAAUAGAGCUCAAUAAAGUAUAAUAGAAAUGACAAAAGCAGGGGUAGUUCACGCAGAAAUAUAAAUCAGUCAGCAUUUACUCUCUCUACACUUGUACAAGACCUGUGUGAGUUUCUUUCUUCUGUUGAACACAUAGGAAGAAAUACUGAAUACCAUUGACUUCAUUGCGGUCAACAUUCGGUGUCAACAUUCUUCAAAGUAUCUCCUUUUGUGUUCAGCAGAAGAAAGUAAGUAAUAUAUGUUUAUAUAAAUGUUUAAAUAAUGUUUAGAACUGCUUGAGUGUGAGCAAAUGCUGAGGAAAUGUUAAUUUUUUUGGUGAACAAUCGCUUUAAUAUACAACAGGUUUACAGACUUGGUUCGUUGAUAGCAAUAAAAGCACGUUUAAUACAGUAAAAGCGCAUUUAAAACGAUAGAAAAGAGUAAAAGCACAUUAAUAAAGACACCAGAGGCCUUACAAACCGCUGCCGAUAGUUGCACUGGGUUUUCUGUAACAUUUUCUGUAUUUAUCUCUCACACACUAACCAUUGUUACUUGCAAAAACCUUCUGACUGUUAUUGAAGAGAUGUUUCAAGUUCGCCUUUAUGUUCUCGAAUUGGGUCGAUUUGUACAUAAACGUUGUCUGCUUGCUUUUGUGCUGCUGCAAGUGUGUGUGUGUGUGUGUAAAAAGCUUAAAAAUAAAGAAUAGAGGGAUUUAUUAGAUGUUGAUAUUGAACAACUGACGUGACGUAUAUGACGUGGUUCAAUCGCCUGUUAUGUUUUUGUAAUGUUUCUAUAAUGUUUGUCAUGUGGUCGGGCUAAUUUCACCUGUACUUUAACUGUACUACAUAAAACUGUGUCAUUUCAA